ACAUAGCAGUAGGAGUUUCUCUACAUUCUCAGACUACGAACGAUCAAGAAUAUGUGUCCGCAAUACACAGAAUUUUGAAAAAUUUUCCUGAAUGGACAGCGAAUCCAAUGUACUGGCUUUCCCCAAUUUUCUUCAUGAGUAAAAUAGGAAAAAAUUACAAGAGAGACAUUGAAAUAAUUCAUCGUUUCGACGAAAAGGUUUUCAAGAGAAAAAAAAUUUUUUUUGUGAAAAAAAUGCAGCAGCAACAUUCCUUAGAGAAAGAAACAAAUAAUGAAGAAGAACCAAAGAUGAAAACAAAAGAGCGUAUUAUCGAUUCAUUGUUAAAUCUUCAUGUUAAACAAGGUUUAAUAUCGGAAGAAGAUGUUAUCAGUGAUAUGGAAGGCGCUAUUUUCGCGGGUUACGAUACAACCGCCCACGCUAUGUCAUGGACUCUUUAUUUCCUGGGAAGAUUCCACGAAAUACAAGAGAAAGUGUAUGUGGAAUUGCAAGAAAUUUUCAAAGAUGAUAUGAAUAGGGAUAUUACUAUCGAAGACCUGACGAAAAUGACGUACUUAGAAUGCGUAAUUAAGGAGUCGAUGAGAAUCUAUCCUCCUUUUCCUUUAAUUUCAAGAAAAAAUCUUUCGGAAAUGAAAAUAGGUAAUUACGUGUUGCCUGCAAAUUCGACUCUUGUCAUAAGUAUCUGUAAUAUUCAUCAUAAUCCUUCUGUUUACGAAAAUCCCGAAGUGUUUAAUCCAGACCGUUUUUUACAUGAAAACUAUAAAAAUCUUCAUCCUUAUGCAUUUCUGGCAUUUUCUGCAGGUCCACGAAAUUGUCUCGGAAAUAAACUCGGCAUAGUUAAAAUGAAAAUGGUUUUAGCAAAUGUUCUUCGUAAUUUUAAAGUUUACUCUUUGGAUCCUCAAGAUAAGAUCGUUACUUCUGCGGAAGUUCUUUUGACUCCAAUAUCAGGUAUAAGAAUGUGUGUAGAAAAAAGAUGAAUGUUGUAAGAUAUGAAAUAAUCUAAAGGUUGGGGUAAUUUUUAUUACAAAUAUAUAUAAACAUAGGCCUACAUCAUAUAAUCUAGACGAGUGCAUUUAGAAACUGCAUCGAAAUAAUUCUACCUAUUAUUGAACUUUACUCGUAAAUUGUAAAUUA